AUGGGAGCGCGCGCGCGGGGGAGGGGACCUCCUUCUCAACGCUACAGCUGUCAGAAUUCAGUAUUUUGGGUCUUUUUCAGUGCCAACACCACCAGUGCAGCCAACGUUGCAGCCAGCCGUCGGACAAGGACCUCUGAAGGUGCGUCUCCAGAAGAUACUGACAACAUGCCUGUCAGCGAUGACCUCAGUGUGAGUGUGCCCGAACAGCUUGGAAAUGCCGAGACCUCAGAUUUUUUGUCAGGUCGUUGUGCCUUAGAUGACAUUGCUUUUGGUGACGGUGAACUUGGUAGACAGGAGUUGCCAAUGGAUUCAACCACAGGUCCAAAUCAUGGUCAGGCACAACGGGUUUCCAGGAAUUGUGCGGCUUUGGCAUUGGGUGCAAGUCAGGUGCCAAGAGGGCCGGUGAUUUCGGAAUCCAGCUUUGAGCAACUGCUGUCGCAUGCAUACUUGGGCACAAAGGGUCAGUUGACUGUUAAGAUGCCUUGGGAGCGUGGAGUUUUCAAGAAGGUUUUUCAGAAACCUGCAACUGGUAUUCAGCAUGUUUUCCAGCAGCCAAGAAUUUGGGUCAAUUACAACCUGGAGUCUGUUGCAGAGACCUUGGAAGACUUGCAUGAGCAGACGGCAAAACGUCCAGAGCUGGUUGGUGUGCAAGGGCGAGAGUGGAUCACGGCUGCGAAGAUGGCCUUCAAAGACUAUGGCCUCAGCCUGGAAGGCCAUAUCGGUGGACCUUUGUUCAGACCGCCGGGUGCAGAUGGGAACAGCCACUGCAAAAGGGGCCUUACCUCACAAGAGGUAUCAAGGUUUUUGAGAGUCAUGCUCGGUGAGAACAUGACGCAUGACAAGGAGAGCGGGCCAAAGUUGUCGUCGCACUCACUCAAAGCGACAGUCCUCUCUUGGGCGGCGAAAGCAGGCAUGGCGGCUCAGGACAAGUCCAUUUUGGGGCGGCAUGUGAGUGCAUACACAGAUUCAAGUGCUGUCUAUGCAAGGGACUUGUCAAUAGGUGCGGUUUCACGCCUUCAAGAAGUUGUUCUGCAGAUAUACAGAGGAGAGUUUCUGCCUGACGCGCCUCGAAGCGGGUAUUACCCAGUGGCCAUGCCUGUUGCUGAAGCACCUGAGUUGCCAGAUGCAGAAGUGAUCAAGGUCGAAGAUGAUGCUGCAUGUCAGGAGCUGGAUAUGGAAGUUCCGGUGGCCGACAGCCAACUGUGUGAAGAGGCUUGUAGUGCCUCGUCAGAUGGCUCUGAGUCGUUGGAAGGUUCUGACUCCGAAGAGGAGAUAGUGCCACCAGCACCCAAGUGCUAUAGGCACGUUGCAGCUGGCCCUCUGGAGGGGAAAUUUGUGAUGCACAAAGUGUCACACUUGGUGCACUACGUUGACUCUGGAGUGAAGGGAGGCCUGGCAACCAAGGUCAUUUCAUGCGGCGGAGCUUUGAACAACAACUACAAGACCGUGGAGAGAUUUGACACGGUUGACGUUUGCCGUCGCUGUAAAACCAAUGCGACGAAAGACGAAGCGCAAUUUGUGCAGCGCACCAUCGAUUUGAAGCUAUCGGAGGAGCUCAAGCGCAGUUUGAAAAGGACUCAUGAAGUUUUGAACCAGAAGUCGCCCACGAAACAGUUGGAUAUCUCUGCAGAGAGCCUGGUUGUGAAGGAAAAGCAUGAUACACCAGACAUGACUGUCACCUCAGCACUCCAAGUACAAGAAGCUUUCCAGCGGCGCGGCAUAGCACUGGUGUUUGCAGAUCUCAUCACCCAUGAGAGUUACACCAGGUACCUCACAACUCUCUUUGGCCAUUUGCACAGGGACCCACCAACAGGGUACGCGAGGACCACAGUGAGUCAAUUGGUGACAGCUGAUCGAACAGUGUGGCAGAUGUUGUUGGAGGAAGGCGUACAGCCAAAGAGAGAUGAGAUGGGAAACUUGGCGCUUGAUACAAAGCUCAUGGAGAGUCUCCAGAGUUAUCGUGUUUCUUUCUCAUUGCUGCCUCUCAUAGCAAAGAAGGAUGCCACGCCCAGCCCGACGAAGAUUACAAAGCCUUCUAUCAGCCAUGGAGGAAAAGGAGCCAAUUUGCAGGUCCAAAAGCCAUGGAUCAAGAACAAAGGAGGUAAGAAAGGCGACUCAGCUGAGAAAAUGCCGUCCGUUCAGCAGCAUCAACCAAUGCAUGGUGUUGAAUUGACAUCUUUUGAUUUUAGCAAUGAGCAGUUGAAAGGACCUGUGGUCAUUGAGGUUUUUUGUGGCAGUGCCAGGGUAACAGCAUCCUUGAAGGAAGUGGGACUCACCCAGUCCUUUGGGGUCGAUCACGUCUUAGACAAGGUACCCAUUGCCCCAAUGCAGCGUCUCAAAGACGCCUGGCAAAUUCCGGCGGCUUGCUCAUCCAAGAUGAAGGAGAUUCCAGCGGGGGCCCAACUGUUGCGUCAGACUCCCCUUCGGAUAAGUGGGGGGAAAAGUCAUCCUGGGUCAACAACAACAACGGACACAGCUGAAGUGUUUGGGGCAGAUGUUUUUGAGCAGGCUUGGGGCAUUCCGUUCAGUCCCAAGGAGUUCAUGGAAGAAGCAGUAGCAAGGGGUCACCCCAAGUUGUUUGCGAGGCUGGAACAAUUUCAAACCUACAAGUGUGCAAAGUUUGCCAGCAGCAAGGGCGAAGUGGUUUUCAAAAUGGACAGAAAGAGCAAAGCAGUUAACAGAGUCUGA